CUCCUCCCAGAUCGUUCGCAGUUCGACGUUUGCCAAAGUCACCGGAUAUCCUUACCGCGCUUUUUUUGAGUAGAGCAGGUGCCGGUGAGCAUAUUCAACACGAUCUUCCGCGAAGUAGCGGUCAACAUGUUGGGUCUCAGCGCAUCCAGUGAGAGCGUUUGGCUGCGCGUGACGGUUCUUUCGCUUGUUGCCGUCUUGGCUUUUGCGUCGCGUUUGUUUUCGGUGCUGCGUUUCGAAAGCGUUAUUCACGAAUUUGAUCCAUGGUUUAACUAUCGCACAACUGUCGAAUUGGUCGAGAAUGGAUUUUAUGAUUUCGUUAACUGGUUUGACGAGCUCUCCUGGUAUCCAUUGGGACGUGUUGUCGGCGGCACCGUAUACCCUGGGAUCAUGGUCACAGCGGGGAUCAUACAUAAAGUGUUGACAGCGUUAAACUUCCCCAUCCACAUUCGCGAAGUUUGCGUCUUCCUGGCUCCUCUCUUUUCGGCCUUCACGGCGGUUGCAGCAUACCUGUUGACAAGCGAAAUGAAGGAUUCAGCUGCAGGGCUUCUGGCAGCGGCGUUCAUUGGAAUUGCCCCAGGUUACAUUUCACGCUCAGUUGCCGGCUCGUAUGACAAUGAGGGUAUUGCCAUUUUCCUUCUUGUCUUCACCUUUUAUCUUUGGAUUAAAGCCGUCAAGCUCGGGUCCGCCUUCUACGGAGCCAUGACCGCGCUUUUUUACUUUUGGAUGGUGUCAGCGUGGGGAGGCUACGUCUUCAUCACGAACUUGAUUCCGCUCCAUGUAUUUGCCCUCAUCCUGAUGGGUCGCUUCUCCCCGCGGCUCUAUGUAUCAUAUUCGACUUUCUACAUCAUCGGAACUAUAUCGUCGAUGAUAAUCCCCUUUGUCGGGUUUCAACCGACCAGAACCAGCGAGCACAUGGCGGCACUUGGUAUAUUUGGUUUACUCCAGAUCAUGGCCUUUGUCGAAUUUAUUCGGGGCCACUUGUCGGCAAAUCAGUUCCAAUUGCUCUUUUAUGGCCUGAUUUCUGGUUUCUUCCUUCUCGGAUUGGCGGCGCUAGUGGCGUUGACAGUAGGAGGUUACAUCGCACCAUGGACUGGCCGGUUUUACUCGCUGUGGGACACUGGAUAUGCGAAGAAGUAUAUACCCAUUAUUGCGUCUGUGUCCGAACACCAGCCCACCGCAUGGACAUCAUUCUUCUUUGAUCUCCAGUUGCUCAUAGUUUUAUUCCCAGCCGGUCUUUAUUUCUGCUUCCAGGAAUUGAGGGAUGAGCACGUGUUUGUUAUUUUGUAUGCGGGCACUGCUGCGUAUUUCGCUGGCGUCAUGGUUCGUCUUAUGCUGACUCUGACGCCGAUCGUUUGUGUCGCUGCAGCUAUUGCUGUUUCGACAGCACUGGAAAUCUUCCUCAAAAAAUCCAAACCUCCAAAGGCUAGCAGUCCCAGUACAAAGGCAGCCGACGACAAGAAGAGCAAAGAGACAAAGACACCUAAACUCGCUGAAAAGAAAAAGAAAGAUGAUAAGACCAGCCGGGGACUGUGGAGUUUGGAGGCAAAAGUGGCAGGCGUUCUUCCGCUGGUCAUUAUUCUGGCGCAAUUUGCGUUCCAUUGCACCUGGGUAACGUCAAAUGCGUACUCUUCACCGUCUAUUGUACUGGCCUCCAGAAAGCACGAUGGAUCUCAGCACAUCAUUGAUGACUUCAGGGAAGCCUACUACUGGCUUCGACAAAACACCCACGAAAAGGCAAAGAUUAUGUCUUGGUGGGAUUAUGGGUACCAGAUUACUGGUAUGUCGAACCGUACAGUUUUGGUGGACAACAAUACAUGGAACAAUACGCACAUUGCCACGGUUGGGAAAGCCAUGUCUUGUUCCGAGGACGUCUCCUACGAGGUCAUGCGUAAGCUGGACGUUGACUACAUUUUGGUUAUUUUUGGGGGAGCCAUUGGAUAUUCUGGAGACGAUAUCAAUAAGUUCUUGUGGAUGGUUCGAAUUGGCGAAGGUGUCUACCCGAAUGAGGUGAACGAGCGAGCUUUCUUCACCGAAAGAGGCGAGUACCGGGUAGACGAUCUCGCUACCCCGACCAUGAAGAAUAGCCUGAUGUACAAAUUGUCCUACUAUCGGUUCCAUGAACUUUUCGGAGGUGGUCCCGCGCACGAUAGUGUGCGUGGCGCGACCAUACCAAACAAGCCUAUUAAGCUGAGCACUGUGGAUGAAGUCUACACUACUGAGAAUUGGAUUGUUCGCAUCUACGAAGUUAAAACGCCAGAUAACAUUGGCAGAACAAUGUCUGCUGCUUCCACAUUUGGCAAGAAGCGACGUCGACGAGUUCGCCGAAAGGUAUCGCGCAGCACCAGCCGCCGACGUCGGCAGGAUUAGGUAUUAGUGUAUAGCUACACAAUGACUUUCUGUAUAUCAGUUGGGAUGCACAUAUGAAAUCGAAAAUUCGGCAACUUUAUCCCCGAACCAGAAAUGUCCGCGUGCCCGUACGUGUUUAAUUUGCGCAAUGCAGUGUGAGCUGUUUCUACCUGAAGUCCUACAUAUGGCCAUCCAGCGGAAUAAACACCAAACGUCUAUGUCCAGAGUAAUAUAAAGAUAUACAAUUUGCUGAGGCG